AUGGAAUUCAAUGAGAAGGAACUGCGAAGAGAAAUAAGUUAUGCCAUCAAGAACAUACAUGGUAUCAGAACAGGUUUGUUUACUCCAGAUAUGGCGUUUGAAGCCAUUGUUAAAAAACAGAUAGUUAAGCUGAAAGGACCUUGCUUAAAAAGUGUGGAUCUGGUGAUGCAAGAAUUAAUCAACACUGUCAAGAAGUGCACUAAAAAGUUGGCAACAUAUCCAAGAUUGUGUGAGGAAACAGAAAGAAUUGUAGCUGGCUACAUUCGUGAAAGAGAAGAGAAGACCAAGGAUCAGGUGCUGCUGCUGAUUGAUAUCCAGGUUUCUUACAUCAACACCAACCAUGAAGACUUCAUUGGCUUUGCAAAUGCCCAACAAAGAAGCAGUCAGGUUAACAAAAGUGCAGUGGGAAAUCAGGGUACCAAUCUACCGCCUUCAAGGCAAAUUGUCAUUCGGAAAGGCUGGCUGACCAUCAACAAUAUUGGCAUCAUGAAAGGAGGAUCCAAAGAGUACUGGUUCGUUCUAACUGCAGAAAGCUUGUCCUGGUAUAAAGAUGAUGAGGAAAAAGAGAAGAAGUAUAUGCUUCCUUUGGACAACUUGAAAGUGCGAGAUGUUGAAAAGAGCUUCAUGUCUAGCAAACAUAUCUUUGCAUUAUUUAACACGGAACAGAGGAAUGUUUACAAGGAUUACCGUUUCCUUGAGCUAGCCUGUGACUCCCAAGAGGAGGUGGAUAGCUGGAAGGCAUCUCUGCUACGAGCCGGUGUCUAUCCUGAUAAAUCCUCAGGGAACAACAGAACUGAAAACGAUGAAAAUGGCCAAGCAGACAAUUUUUCAAUGGACCCUCAGCUGGAGAGACAGGUGGAGACAAUUCGAAAUCUUGUGGACUCCUACAUGUCUAUUAUCAACAAAUGUAUCCGAGAUUUGAUACCAAAAACAAUCAUGCAUCUUAUGAUCAAUAAUGUGAAAGAAUUUAUCAACGCAGAGCUCCUGGCUCACUUGUAUUCUUCUGAGGACCAAAACACUCUAAUGGAGGAGUCGGCUGAACAGGCGCAGAGGCGAGAUGAAAUGCUCCGUAUGUACCAGGCACUAAAGGAAGCCCUUGCCAUCAUCGGCGAUAUCAGCACUAGCACUGUCUCCACCCCUGCACCCCCUCCUGUAGAUGACUCGUGGCUUCAGCACGCCCGCAGAUCACCUCCUCCAAGUCCCUCAACUCAGAGGAGGCCUACAUUAAACAAUCCCCCAACCAGACCUUUAUCUGGCCGAGGACCAGCUCCUGCAAUCCCAUCUCCAGGUCCCCAGUCAGGGGCUCCCCCAGUCCCAUUCCGCCCAGGACCAUUGCCUCCAUUUCCAAGUGGUGGUGAAGCCCUUGGAGGACCUCCCCAGGUUCCCUCUCGGCCAACCCGGGCUCCUCCCAGCGUCCCAAGUUAUCCUCCCUUCAGCUCAUGUUAACUGUGUGCUGUGCCUGGAACGGGUUUGUUUGUCCCACUCGCUCCUGAUGCUGGCGAGCUGAUACCGAUGGCUCCUCCCGUCCAGACAGUCCUCCACUCUUGCUUGAUAUAUGAUUUGUCCCGUCUUGCCGGCCGUUUGCUUUACUGCCUGUCUCUUUACUUUUUCCAGGACGGUGUAAAUGAUGACUUUGUUUU